AUGACAAUUAAGGCAAAGGCUGAAAUUAUUUUGUCACUCGAUGAAGAAAAUAAAACAAAUGCACAAGAAGGACAAGAUGUAGAUGAGACAGAUUCUUGGACAACGACCAUUGGUACUAGAUCUGACUUCAGUCUUAGUUGCCCAACAGAUGACAGUGAAAGUGAUGAACGAUGCAGUGGUCGUCAAAAUGUAAAUAGUAGAACUUGGCAAACACUUUGUAUAAAAUUUAUUUAUACGAAUAAUUGUAACUUUAGCUCAUCUACAACGAGCAGCAGUGAAAUUUCAAAUACAUCGGAAGAUUUCUCAUCACUUCGUAACUUAAGCGAAAUCUCAGAGCACACAACAAUGCCUCUCAGAUCAAAUGACAUUGCAUGGAUGAAGGCUGUGCAAACAUACAACGAAAAUGAACCCAUCUUCCGUAAAAAACCCUUCAAAGCUGCGCUAAAAAUACGGCCACGGAAAUUAUUUCCACGCUAUCGAUGGCAUCAACUUUAUCAUCAGUGGGCCAUUAGACAACCUCCGAUGCUUUACAGGGGUAUAUAUUUUAACAGCUUUUGUGAAUUAUUUCAAAAUUAUUAA